UGUAACACUCUGAAAUAGUGCAUGACGGGUGAUGAAAUAAAAAGCCUAAUGUAAUGUAAUGGGGACAUUUUAAGAAGCUAUGGGUAAACGCCUGACAUUAAAGAGGCACUGACCGCAGCUCGUGUUAUGUGUCAACUCAUCCGCAGGUGCCAGUGUAGCUAAAGGACCAAACUGAAAAUGAAAUAAGAGACAUGCCAGCCUGAAAGUAAACAGGCACUGCGCACACGGUGGUUACAGCUAGCGAACAGUGUUAAAAUGAAAGGAAACAAAUACCCAAGAACACCCCGAAAUAAUUUUCAUUUUACAAACAAAAGGUCGUAAAAACAAAGAUGAUGGAAGUCAGUCAAAGGUGGCGGAGUACCUCUGAUUAUGCAGUCGCCUGGAAAGCGAAGUUCCUCUGGACUUUUCUUUGCUUUUGGCCGAUCAUGGGAAAGUUUGUCAUCAGGUCACUCACAUAAAAGUUGAACAGGAUCGCAGAACAGGAGAGAUGAAUGCCAAGAUGAAGUUGUUUAUUGUCGGUAUCAUCUGUGCAUUAUGGCAAGUCAGUCAUCAAAAUCCAAUGGGCCACUGGACUCUGAUGCCCCACAUUUUGGUCGUGGAGGUGGAUGGCACUUUGGGCCAGCAGCCACUGAGCUGCCUGGAGUUUCCAGAGGAUCUUACGGGAAGAGGUGGCAUGAAUGAGGAUAUUUUUUGGAGGAGGAACGGAGUGGAGGAAGAACAGACAGGAAACACAUAUCUGCUGCAGCUGGAGGAAAGCUUAGGAGGGGGAAACUACACCUGCCACCGCAAGGAUGGAUCGCUCCUCAAUUACACUGUAGUCCUGAUCCAAGAGGAAGAGACUAACAGGAGGAGGAUCCUUGUGAAAAACGGCCAAGAUUAUUUAGAGUGCUCUGCCCAAAAUUACAACGGAGAGUUCCACUGCUCUUGGACCUGGCACAGCAGUCGCGUAGGCAAAGUGGCAUUUAUCAAAGCUCGACGUGUGACUGACGACAGUGGCACCCAGUGUUCUGUGGAUGCCAGCGGUCAAGAUUGGACAUGCUCUUCGGGUCAGAGUAACUUCAGAUGUUCAGUGGACGACAGCGGACACAGGAUCUUGUGCGUAGACGAGCAGCACUGCCCCUAUGCUGAGGAGACCCAGCAUAUUCACAUCAAUGUCUACGUGACGACGGAGCAUUUCCUGGUGGAGAACUACUCGAAACAUUUUUACCUGUCAGAGAUCUUGAAACCCGAUAAGGUGAAUAUCAGUAAAGUCAACACCACGGUGAUAGAGUGGAGUUACCCGAGCUCUUGGAGCAGUCCCUACUCCUACUUCCCCCUCACUUUCCAGAUUGCACAGCUCAGGAGGGGUUGCAAAAGGUGUGACAACCCGUGCACUGGCUUAAAAGCCACUAAGACCCUGACAGUCCACUCGACAGACAUUUGUCAGUUUGAAGUCAAGCACAAGGCUAAGGCCAUCUGUGUCCGGGCUAAAGAUGCUUUCUGUGACUCACAAUGGAGCGAGUGGAGCCAUAUCAGAUUGAAGAAACACAAGAAGAACAAAAAGAGCAAACAUCAGCAAGACAAAUCAUGAGCUUCAGGAAAACAAGAAUCCCAAACUGGAUAUCUUUUCAAAUGUUAUGUUUAUUAUUUAUAUGCUUUUAAUAUUUGUGCCACCUUAUAUUAUGUAGUUUGUAAUAUGUAUCUAUUCUUUAUACGCAAAGAAAUAAAAUA